CAUAGACAUUUCGAUUCAGUACUUUGUGGAGCACACUUGGAGACAGAGCAAUAUUAUUUGCAUUGUGAUUGGGAUAGUAUAAAAACAUUCUGUUCAUUGUUUAGAAGCUUGUUAAUAAGUUAAUUUGGAUUCACAAAUAAAAACUAUACACAGAUUUAAUAUGAUAUGAUUGGAAGCUCUUCAUCAUUCAGCGUUUUGAUCAUACAAGAUAUAAAUAAAAAUUGCGUACCAUAGCAAAACAAAGAACAUACGAUUUACGGAGCGAACGAGAAUGUCACCGUUCUAUUUCUAUCCAGAGUGGAGGUCUUAAAAUAUAAACAAACGCUGUGUUACUUGAAAUCUUCAAGGGUUAGAAUAUACUUGAACGAAAAAGAGUAUAUUUAGCUAAAUAAAUUUUCAUUUACAAAUAUCAAAACAAUCUAUAGGAAAGCCAAUCGUUUUCAAUAAUUCUUUGACUUCAACUUCAAGAAUAAUUUUCUCCAAGUUUCAACUAAGUUUACAAUCUGGUUACAUUUGUGGAAUUCUAUGGCACAAAUCACAGACGUGAUGACGAAUGAAAAAACGACAGCUGAACAUCACGUACAUUUUGAUCAAACGACUUUAAAAGAGGAGGACUUUGAAACGGAAAGUUCUUCCGUUACAUAUCAACAAGUUGGAAAAAAUAUUGUAGACGUGCAUCUGGGAUUUUUACAGCACAAUCAUCGAUAUUUAAUUGAAUUGCAUUUGCCAGCCAAUUUAUUUAAAUGUCAACCGAAUGUUCCGAUUAAUUUAGUUGCUGAUAAUAACAUAACACCAAAUGUUCACUGUAAACUAGCUGCUGAUCGAGUCACCGAACUACUUAGUGAUAGCGAAACAGAAAAAUUCUUUGUAAUUAAGGUCGAGUAUUUUGCCCAUAAAGAGAAAUUGCUUCGUGAAGAAUUGAAACUAGUGAAUGCAAAUAACUUGGAAGAAUUGCUAAAAUUAUUUGUAUCGGCACGAGUUCUGGGCAAAGGCAAAGGGACGCCAAUGUUAAGAAAUGGAAUACAUUGCUUGGGCUAUGAAGCCACUGGCGAAUCGGAUGGCGAAUCAUCAUCAAAGUCAGAUCAUAAUCAACCGCCAAUAUUGGUUUCUGCCGGUGCAAAUAAAUAAUUGAUUAAUUAAAACAUUACUUUCAUUUAAAA